AAAAAAAAUAGCGAGCAGAGGAGGUGGUAUCACACACAGACUGGAGUUGUUUUCUAAAGUGGAAAGUUAAUCUGACUCCUGACAGUUCGUGGGAGUUUUGUGCUGACUUAGAUUUUAUUUUCUCGAGCUUGCGAAAAAGUUGAGAGUCAUGUAAGGACUUUUUGGCCUCAGGUGUUGUUGCUUCACGAUGGAGGAACCUGUGACCAGAGAGUGUGAGGGGUCCCUGUCAGAGGGCGGCUCGGAGGAGGACAUGCCCCUAACGUUACCUACAGAUGGCAGCCACAGUGGGAGCAUCAGAAAGGGGUGUGAUCCUUUUGCCCAGACUCAGCGCAGCAAACUGCAGCAUCGGCGAGCUCGAAUCAACCAGCAGAUCAACAAGGAAAUGCGUAUGAGAGCCGGAGCGGAAAACCUGUUCAGGGCGACAACCAACAACAAGGUGAAGGAGACGGUGGCCCUGGAGCUCAGCUUCGUCAACUCCAACCUGCAGCUGCUCAAAGAGGAGCUGGAGGAGCUCAACAGCAACAUGGAGGUCUACCAGACAGACAGUGAAGCCAUCAAUGUUCCCAUGAUCCCUCUCGGCCUGAAAGAAACCAAAGAGGCGGAUUUUACUGUUUCUAUCCAGGACUUCAUCUGCGAGCACUACGGAGAGGACAGCGCGCUCUACGACAAGGAGAUCAAAGAGCUUAUGGAGCUCAGACAGGCUAUGCGCACGCCGAGUCGUAACCAGGCCGGCCUGGAGCUCCUGAUGGAGUACUACAACCAGCUGUACUACGUGGACCAGCGCUUCUUUCCCGCUCACAGGAAUCUGGGUGUUCACUUUCACUGGUACGACUCCCUGACGGGCGUCCCGUCAUGCCAGCGCGCCUUAGCCUUCGAGAAAGGAAGCGUGUUGUUCAACAUCGGCGCUCUGUACACGCAGAUCGGAGCGCGGCAGGAUCGCUCUGCGGCAGCCGGCAUAGACCGAGCCAUAGACGCCUUUCAGCGAGCUGCAGGUGCAUUUAACUACUUGAAAGAGAAUUUCUCCAACGCCCCGAGUCUGGACAUGAGCGGGCCGUCGCUUUGCAUGCUGGUCCGGCUGAUGGUGGCCCAGGUGCAGGAGUGCGUGUUUGAGCGCGUCACGCUCACCACGCACAGCGCACACUUCAGCUCCCACCUCCGUCUGGCACAGGAAGCGGCGCGGGUGUCCGACGUUUACCUGCUGGUCCAGCAGACCAUGACGCAACCCCUGAUGAAGGACUACGUGCCGUUUUCAUGGGCGUCCAUGGUUCAGGUGAAGUCGGAGCACUUCCGGGCUCUGGCGCACUACUAUGCUGCCGUUGCGCUGUGUGACCACAUGUCGUCUUCUGAUGAUGGCGAGGAGGAGGAGAGUGAUGAGGAGGCAGAGAAGUCCUUCCUCCAGUUCUACGUCAGUGUUCCUGCAGGGCCGCCGCUCAGUCAGGUUUUACAAGAUCCUGAAAAACGACGAAAACUUGGUAAAGCCCACCUGCGGCGCGCCGUGAUCAGACACGAGGAGGCCAUGCGCGUCCACGGCCUGUGCAAGAUCCUGAGGAAGAUGGACAUCCUGCAGGACGUCCUGUCCCUCACACACAAGCGCUCACUGGACAAAUACUCCGAGCUGGACCGAGAGGAUGACUUUGACGAGACCGCAGAGGCGCCAGAGAUAAAGUCUCACACUCACCAGAAACCAGACAUCACUGCACCCAACUUCUCCACAGUCCAAGUCACAGACAUCUUCCAGAGACUGGGUCCCCUGUCAGUGUUUUGUGCCAGGGCUCGCUGGGGCCCGGUACGUUUAAUCUGCCUGCAGAGGAGAGAGGGAGGACUGGGCCUCACACUCCGAGGAGACUCCCCCGUCCUGGUGGCUGGAGUGGUGCCUGGAGGCUGCGCCGAGGAGGCGGGACUCAGAGAAGGAGACUACAUUGUGGCGGUGGAUGGGGAGGACUGUAAGUGGGCCAAACACGGCGAGGUGGUCCACAUGCUGAAGAGCUGCAGCGACAAAGGCGUGGAGAUCAGCGUGAUCACGUUGCACGCCAACGAUACGCAGCAGGUGGACAGGAGGAUCAUCAUGCUGUCCCACUGUGGCGACAAAGAGAACAGUCGGCAGCGUCUGCUGGGUGGGGCUAAGGGCCAGAGCUCCGCCUCCCUGCUGAACUGGAACAGGAAGAAAAAGAGGGAAGGCAGCAGCGUCACCAAGAGACUAGGGAGCACUUUCAGCCUGUCGUUUGGAAGCAUCCGAGACGCUGAGGCCAUGUACUGAGACGGGACAGUGCCGGAUCCACUCAGGGAGUCUGCAGCCAGACACGCGGUACGACUCGGAGCGACACCUCGCCGUACCACGGCAAACGGCUUCUGCUGCGGCCGACACAGACCGCUUGACUCCGCCGCUCCGCAGCGUUCUCACAUGCCUUCGUUUCCCAAUCAGACGCGUGGCGAGGUUUACUGUAUUAUUGAGUG